ACUUCCUUCCAAAAAAAAUCCCAAGAGGUUGAAGAAAAACAGUCGUCAAACUCCUGCGAUUUGACCCUAAAAAAAACAAAACCACACAUUGACAUGUAAUAUUCCAUACAUCCUUACAUCAUUCCUAAUGUUCGGAAAGAAGAAAAUCGUAGAAACUGGCCAAGAAUGGACGAAAACUGGAAGUUUUAUGAACAAACCCGACAGAGGUUGGCUUCAUUCCGAAGAAAGUCUUCGAGAAGGCGGCGUUUGUUAUGCAGUUCGGUAUGUUGGAUGCGUUCAAGUGGAGAAGUCGAUGCGAACUCUUCAGUAUGAUAUGAGACAGCAAGUCACAAGAGAAGCCAUUCUAAAGUGUUGUGAAGCGGCAGGAUACCAUAUUAACAAGCGAAAAAAGGCCAAUAAGAAUGUUGUGAGGAUCCUCGGAGAUAUACCAAACAUAAAUUAUUCGGGUGCCAACACCAACAUGACCAUAACAGCCACUGGUAUAAAACUGACGGCAAUAGAUACCGGACAUAAAAUAGGAUAUCAUGACAUGCAGGGCAUAUCAUUCGCAAGCGGAGGAGAAAAGGAUUGUAUAGACAUGGUUGGUUACGUUGCUAAAGAUGAGGUUAAUGGAAGAGCCUGCUUUGUCGUUGACUGUGGUGGUGGUCUUGCAUAUGACGUCAUCAGUACUAUUGGACAAGCAUUUGAAAUACGCUACAAGAUGUUCCUGGAAAAUCCGCCUCAAGCCAUGCAAGUCCCUGAAAAGUUUUCAGAAACAUCAAUUUUUGAAGAGAUUGGUGAAGCUCAGUAUAAUGAGAUCCAAGAUUGGGAGUAUGCCGAUCCAAGAAAUGAAGGUCCACCGGCAAACAGGAAGGUUUCUUCAGAUUACAAGGUUCCUAAACCACAAAAUGUUGCUAUUUAUGCAUCUUUACGAGGUGCUGGUGGACAAGAAGGACAAAGGAAUGCCAGGUCUAUCAGUGACUAUGAUGUACCUAGAACAAGCAGCUCUGCUUCUGACUAUGACAAUCGUGGAAGCUUGGAGUUUGGUGCUGGGGCUUCUUACGGGCACCCCAGGGAUGCUGCCCAAGGUUUAGCCUUCUACGAAAACCCUCUGGCUUCAAAGAAAGACUUUCAAGCACCUCAAAGAGUAGACAGCUUGACUAGGAAUAUCAUGGAUGAGCCUGUUCCCYGUGGGGAUUACUCUUUCCCUAGAAAUGGUGCUGGUUUUCAGCCAGCACCACCACCACCGCCUAUGGCCACUCACCCUGAAUUCUCUUCAAGCAGCCAACCCUCCACACCACCGCCCAAACCAGUCCCUUAUGCUUUAUCCAAAGCUGAUAAAUCACCUAGUGAAAUACUUGCAGAGAAAGAGUGGUUUCAUGGUAAAAUAUCCCGAGGAGAAGCAGACCUCCUCUUGGAGGAUGAAGGAGACUUUCUUGUCAGAGAAAGCAAAAGCCAGCCAGGACAAUACGUGCUGUCAGGAGUCAAUAAUGGCUCCAAGCGACACCUGUUGCUAGUCGACCCAGAAGGAAAAGUGCGGACUAAAGACAGAACGUUUGAGAGUGUAGACAAGCUCGUCUCCUACCACCUAUUGAACAAAGUACCAAUCAUAUCAUCAGGAAGUGAAGUGCUGAUAAUGAAUCCUGUUCUCAAGGGGUAGGGUGGAGUAGGUCGCUAAUGUGUGAGAAGGGUGGGGACAGGGAAAGUGGGGGAGGGGUGGGAGAGUAGGGCAGGGCUAGGUAGGGUAAGGAAUACAGUGAACCUUAUACUUAGAGUAGGACAAUGGGAAGUACAGAAGGUAAGCUAACGUAGGGGGAGUUAUAGUAGGGUAUGGCAGGGUAUUGUAAAAUAUGGUAGGGCAGGGUAAGGAAUAGUAAACCAYAUUAGAGUAGGGCAAUGGGGAGUAACAAAAUUGAUCUAUGGCGGUAGGGGAGGUAGGGUUAGCUAUAUGUCAUGAUAGGAGAGUAGAAAAGGAAAUGGUGGAAUAUGACAUGCAGGACAUGGUAAAGUAAAUAGUUGAGUAUCAUAUGGGAGGGCAACGAAAGGUACAGUGAACAGCUAUUUCAAAAAAGGGUUGGUGAAGGUCUCCUUGUUGCAUGUUGCAUAACAAGCGCGAAAUACACUAUAGGCGAUGUGAAUGCAAUCAGGUAUACAGCCCUUUGACUAAACGUUGUCGUUUGAUCGGCUUCAUCCCUACUCGCCUAGACCGAAAAGGAUCAUGGGGAUAAUUAAUUCACAGUUACUAACAGCUACUAUCUAACACGUCUUGAGCAAGUUGUACUGGACUGGAAAUACUAAAUUUUUGGCUCUUAUCCCCAAAGUAACGUAUCUCGUCUGAACAGCGCUCAAGCAGAUAGUCUUUUAGCACCUGCAUGUUGUCGAUAUUUGGGACAUCCUUGAUGAAAUAUGAUGUGGAACGGCUCUUGUUUUCCUUGCAUAAAACGCGAAGGCAAAUGUGCAUUUUGCUCUCCAUUGUGCUAUUGUCACCUACUGAUAGAGGACAAUUAAUUAUUCAUGUUAAUUUACCCGUUAUCCUUUUCGGUCUAGGCGCGUAGGGAUGAUCCGAUCAACGACAACGUUUAGUCAAAUAUAUACUUAUACUUAUACUUAUCACCAAUAGCAAUGAAAGCUCCCAUUCCAUUUUCGCACAGUGAGCCCAAUUUAUCGAUUGUAUUUUCACCUUUCACUUUUACACUUUUUUUAAAUUGGGCUCCCUGUGAUUUUACUCGCCGAAACCUCCACAGUCUGCCAAGAAACGAAAGAUUCUGAUCGAAUAUAGGAGACUGGGUCCAGCUUUUUAUUGUUUUUUUUUUUUUUCGAUUAUUUUUAC